GUGGGUUUUUUCUGCCUGCAAUCCAGCGCCUCGGGGCAGGGAGAUGCUCAGGGUGGUUAGACCGCGUACAAGAUUUUAGUUUUAGAUCAGCUGGUGGAGUGUACGUGGACUGUACGACUACACCUGGUAACAGCUUUAGAAAUUUAGCUGUGUGUGCGCGCGCGCGCGCGCUUGUGUGUGCGUGCUCGUGUGCGCGCAUAUAACUAUCAGUGUCGCAUUCUCUGGCAUGUCUAUUGCAGCUUGCUGUGUGUGUAGCGUGUGCCUUAUAUAUGUGUAGAAAUGUCAUCAGUAUCAGCACUCAGUACGUCAUUGAUCACACGAACAGCUUAAUCAAAGCUGCUAUAUUAUAGUAAUAAGCAGGAAUGUAGGAUGUGGUUCACGGAGAUAGAUUCUUCUGACUGCCAACAAAGAGAUGCCCUAUAGGUUCAGUAUGUGAGUGGAUCUUCAGUAUAAUGAUUCAGUGAUCUGACCUUUUUCCAUUUCAGACAAGAUGCUAGUACAGCUUUGGGGUUCAGCUGAUAAUAUUAAUAUAAUACUGCCAUCCUCACACUGACUCUCUUUUUUUUUCUUUAACAGCAUAGCACGAUGGUGGCUUUCUUUAAAGCAAUGUGUUUUCUGCUAACAUGCAUGGUUCGGGUCAGUCGUUCAGUAUUACACAUUCACAGCGUAAAAACACAAGUGGUUUGGAAUGUAAAAUUGUCUAAUCCACUUUCAUACCGUUCCAGGAUUUUAGGCCGGUUUGGGCCCUGAUGGCGGUGCUGGCGGUGGAUCGGUGUGUUGGAACGGUGCAUGCCUUACAGCUGUACGGGAUGGACAACCGUGUCUCCGUGUUUCGUGAUGAAGGAAAGAAUGUCAGCACGUCAUCUGAUCAUUGGUCUUUCCAUGCACCUUAAUCAAUGGCCUAUUGUUACUGCAUUGUCAGCUGCAUACCGAGGUGAGUGAUGGAGGCUAGAGAGUUGUACGUGGUGGCUGGAAGCUUCAUUGGGUUCCAGCUAUUCUUCUCUGGAGUCAGCCCAUUAGUGUCGUCUACGUUAACACAGGGCUAUGGGAAACUUCCACCUAACAAACUCAACGAGUGGAACUCCAGGCUCGUGUCCACUGUCCACGCUGUGAUUGUUGGGCUUUUCUGCCUUUACAUCCUGUGGUUUGAUGACGCCGUCAACGCAGAUCCAGUCUGGGGAGAUCCCAAUUUGGUAAAACUCAAUGUCGCCAUCACCUGUGGUUACCUGCUUUACGACCUUCUGCUGCUAGCCAGCAACUGGAGCACCAUGGGAGACAGCUUUUUUGUGUGUCACCACUUGGCGGCACUCUACGCAUAUGGAUAUGUGCUGACACGUGGGGUGCUUCCAUAUUUCGCAAACUUCCGACUUAUUUCGGAAUUAUCAACACCAUUUGUGAACCAAAGGUGGUUCUUUGAGUCGCUGGCAUACCCUCGCUCUCACCGGCUGGUGGUGGCUAACGGUGUUGCCAUGGCCGUGGCCUUCUUCCUGGUACGCAUUGCGGUGAUGCCGCCAUAUUGGGCGAAAGUGUUUGAAACCUUUGGUACACCUGCUUUCGAGAGGCUUGGCCUGGGCGCACAGGUGGCCUGGAUUGUUUCCUGUGUGUGUCUGGAUGUGCUCAACGUUGUAUGGAUGUAUAAAAUCGCCCGUGGCUGCUACAGGGUCAUCACUGGAACGAGUGGCAAGAAGAAAGGUGGCAAGGCGAGCUCUGACGAGUUCAACCAUGUCAAUAAUCAUACGGACUAAACAAUGCAGGCCAUAAGCAGGGGACGGAAUUGAAAGUGGCAUACUGGACCACAGCUUUAGAUUUUAGUCUUCCCUGCUAGACCAGGAACUAGGUAGCUGCUGCUUAUUUGCUGUCUUGCUCUAAAAAUGGAGAGAGUGGAGUCCACAGUGUUCUCUGUUGCCUGGGUUGGAGAUCAUCAAGAGGCAUUGUGGGAAUGAACAACAAACAUAUAGAAAAGACCCCAAUUGCUUCAGCCACAAGUGCCUCAAAACCCAAGGACCAGAAAUGGAACAUGUGACAACCUUCGAAUUCUGAAAGCUACCUUGUAAAGAUUUUUUGGUCAGUUGUCUGACAGAUGUACCACCUCUUGGGGUCUUCCUGUUUUUAGACACAGUGAACAUUCACUCAAACACACCACUGUGCCUCUUACCUACAGGUCUUGGAGCAUUUUUCUUUUAAACUAACUCCAAUGAUUUUUUUUUUGAAUGCUCAUCUUUUGUGUCUACCCAAUCAUCUCUUCUUUUUAUUUUUUUUAAAAGCACUAAAGGCUCAGUGCUCCUCAUAAUAUCACACUAUGUUAGUAAUUUAUAGCCACCACUGUAUCCUUAGAUCUGAUCCAUCCAUUGGUAAAAUGUCAUCUCUACCUCUCUUUCUUGGCAUCAAGGCUCUUAUUAUUGACUGAAAUGGAACACAAGAUCUUCAAUUAUGUUCUGUCAUAAUCUGAUAGAUUCCCCUGCGCUCACUAUUACCGUCCAAGCAUGUGUCUCUGUCUCUGUGUCUUCACUUAGUGGGGUGUGAGAAACUAAACAAGAGGUCCUGCAGGUGCCUUCUCAAAUGCCAGUGGAAUGCUUAUUUCACCAUCACCUCCUUCAGGAACAUUAGCAUCAUGCUUUAUAUAAAGCCUGUCUACAUAUCCAUUAGGUGGUUGCUUGAUUUUCAGCCCAGUGCUGCUUAUCAUUUCUUUCAGUCUGCUUCAGGCAAACUUGUCUUUCUCUGCUGAAAACUCCUCAGUUUGUUUAAUACUUCUGUCUAACUCGCAGUCUCUGGAGAACUUGAGUUUCUCCUUUACAACAAUUUGUGUAAUAUCCUCCACCCCCCACCCCCCCUGGAUUGGUCUCAGUAGGUGACAUUUUUUUAAAUGUCAAACUCUGUGAAAUUUUUGUUGUUUCUCAUAGUCUAUGGUGCUUCCUACUCACCAGCCAGUGCGUCUAAAUGGUACAUCUGCUUCAGCUGUCUGAUCUGACAGCUUUAGCAUGUAAAAGCUGACCCUGUCCUUUAUUCAGAAUGUAUUCAGUCGGGAUGUACAGUACUGUGCAAAAGCCUUAGGCCUUAAUUAUUAUUUUUAGUAUAAAACUUUAUAGGUUUUUAUUUUAUGACUUCUACAUUAUCGAGUCAGUACAAAAACAUUUUAGAUUCCCAAACAUUAGUUUUCCAGCACAAUAUUAAAUGUUACAGAAAAAUGUUUGUAUGACAUUAAAGAAAGCAGCUUAUUACAUAAGAGACACUUUUCAGACAAAGAUAUAAUGAAGGCUUCUGAGUUUUGCUGCAAAAAUAAGAAGCAAGUACGACAGUCAAAAUCUCCAGAAGAACUGUGACUGGUUCUGCAAGAUGCUCAAUAAAACUCAUUAUUUUCCUUAUAAAACUGCACUAAUUGUACAUGAGAAUACUCUUUUUAUUUUUAAAGCAUAUGGUCAUCACACCAAACACUGCCUUUGUUUCAUUUACUACUGUUUACAGCUCUUUAUAGUAUUUUUUGUUUCAUUUCAUUAUUUGUGAAGGCAUCUUUGCUCUACAGCAUUUCUUUGCAUGUGCCUAAGACUUUUGCACAGUACUGUGUAAAUAAUUAUUAUUUCCAUGUGUAUAUGCCGAUAGCCCAUUUGUCCACUUUUGACUUAAGCACAAAUAAUGGCAGCCAUUUAAGUUCAGCACGUUGGGUAUAAAAAUCUAUCAAUCAUAAUGGUAUAUUCGCAGAUAUCAUUACAUUUAAAUAACGCAAAAUGACACAUGCACUAGCACAGGGGUGCACAACUCCUCGAAGACCUUGGUCCAGCAUGGAUUUUCCUGCUUUAACUCAUUUCCUAAACCUGGUAAUUAACUGUUAAGUUAAAUCAGAUGUCAUAAAGCCGAGCAAUCACUAAAAUGUGCAGUAUUCUGGCCUUUCAAGACUGGAGUUUUGCACUGCUGCACUAGUGUGUCCCUUCACCAAUAAUGCGUACCGAUUAAUAAGUCCAAUAAUGCAUAAACUUGGCAAUACAUAUGCUUCAUAUUAUAUAUUAAGGUGAUCAGAUAUUUGAAUACCAAGCAUUACUGCUAAUCCUGUGAAUUUACACACGGCUCAGCUGAGUGCAUCUGUUCAGUUCAUUUUGAUUUAAUGACAUUUUACUGAAUUAUAAUAUGGGGUUUAUGUUUGUCUUAUUGUUUAAUGUAGUGGGGUUUUUUAUUAGUAUUACAAAAUACCAUAACCCGUAUGAGAGUCAGUAUUUUGUCUCAAAAAAAGGCAUGUAUAUCUCCCAAAUGUUAGUUUUCCAGAUUGUUUGGAAUUAUAUAUAACCAGGCACUCGGAAAUAUGGCCAGAAAGUCCUGAUAAAGUGGGUCAUGAGUGGGAAUCAUGGAAAGUGCAGUUUAUUGCCUUACAUUUACUCUGUCAGUAAAGAGAUUCUUUCUCAGAUCUUCAGUAUUUAAAGCUGUGACAAGAAUCAGACUAUCAGUACAAUUAAAGUUUUCUUGAGCUGUGAGAGCAAAUGCCGGGUUUUGUAUAUGUAAUUAUAGUGCAAUUAUGUCCAGAGAUGCUGUUUGACAUAAGCUAUGGGUGAUGGUUCUGUACAGCUGAUGGUAUGAUGUGCAAAUGAGUGUUGCAUGCUAUGAUAUGUAGCAUUUGUAAGAUUUCUCUUGAGUGCAUCUGUGAGGAGCUGCUCAGAAAGAAUAGCGAGUUUUUGACAGGAAAUCACUACUAGAGCUUGUGCACCUUUCUGUACAAGUAUAGACAAUUCAUUAAUGAAAUAAAACCUUAUAGUAUUUUAAGUUGUUAUUUGCACAAGGCAUGCAUUUCAGUUUGGGGAGAGGGGCUUUAUUAGCUGAUAUGAUUUACAUGUUUCUCCAUCAACUCUAAUGUUCUCAAUCAACUCUAAUUCUAACAUCUCCAAGAUUUAAAUGGUAAACAUGGUACAGCUAGACUCCUAUAGCUGUAAAGUUAGCACAGGGCAUUAGCAUUAGCAUCUCUGCUACAGAAUUUUUUUUAUUCCUUUGUACCUUUAGAAAGAAAAGUCAAUGAAAUGCUGUCAUGCUGCAUGCAUCGAAUAUACAAAGAAUUCUUCUUGAUUACUUUGAGUUUCUCUCAAUGAUUUUCAUGUUGUGCAAUCGUUUGGCCAGGCACAUCCCAAGUAAUCAGAUUAUAUGUGGAAUGUGAAUGAAAAAUAUCUGUAUUUCUGGAGAAAAAAAAUAGACUUAAGCCAGCAAUAAAUAAUGAAAAAAAGUAAUGUGAGUAAAACUAAGAAUAGAAUGAUGAUGAUUGUACUUCAUUUUGUAUUUAACUCCCUUUUAUUGUCUUUUAUUGCAACAUGUAUAUUUGUUUUGAGUCUCGGGAUUUUAACAUGAACGUGUAAAUUAAACUGGGCACUGCAAGCCUCUGUCUCAAAACUCGAAUAGCAUGACUAUGACAUAACAGCAGUUGUGUCUUACUUGAAAGUGUCGCUUUUCAAUAAACCAGAGGGCAUUGAAAACUCAA